AUGAACUGGUUUAAACAGACCCUGGCCAACGUUGCCGGGACGCAGGAGCCGAUCUAUGGGCCCACGGCUAUACAGUCUGUGGUCGACCAGGCAAAAACGAUACCCUACACUGAGGUGACUAAGGAUCAUUUACGAUGGGCUGCGAUGCAGUCGACCUGCGUCGAGACUCAGACCUUCUAUCUGUUCUCGGAUAACGGAGAUGUCGCCUCCCUCCAGUUGAUCUACAACAAUGUCGUUGGCCUCCAUACAACAUGUCAGUUUAACUGCAAGGUGUUCUCCAAGGAUCCGGCGAAGCCUCACUUAUGGGCAUCGGACCCCGUCCAGAACCAUAUUUUUGCUGAAGAUAUGCUCUCUUUUGGCGGUGACAACGUUGCAAUUACUCUCAAUGAAGAAGGAACUGCAUAUACCAUCAAAUCGGCUAUCAACGAGGAUAGUCUAAUUAAUAUUACCAUCACUCGCACCGCUCCGGGUUUGUCGCUGGCAAGGACGGAACUUCGACCUUCGAGAUGGAACUUUGUUGACUUUCAGUCGCCGACCUUCUCUGCUGGUAUGAUGGAAUACACUACUCCUCCUUCAUACGGCUCUACCGUUGUGAAUGUCGGUGGUGUAGUAAAGGAUGGAGAAAUUAUAUACGCCGGUGCCCCGAAUUCUGUAACUCAUACUGAAUCCACUCAGGAUUCUGAGAACGACUGGCCUGAACCAUCUGCUAUGAAGAUCACCUGGUCUGGUAAAACUGCGGAGGGCAAAUCCUUUGAGGCCACGAUUGAUGGUUCCUUGGGACCCAGAAUGGACCGAAUUGACGUCAUGGCUGAAGUCCCCGGCUUAAUCAAGUCUCUCGUCGGUAGCGUUGCUGGAACACGACCAUAUGUAUACCAGUUCAUCCCAUCACAAAAGCUACCGAUCAAGAUCAAAAUUGGAGAUGAUGAAGAGAUCACCGAAGAAGGUACUCUCCUAGUGGAAGCUACCUUUAUCUCAUAG